AUGUUUAGACAAGUCAAGAGAAGAACAGCAGGAAGAAGGAACUUCGAACAAAUAUCUUCCAAUUCCUCUAGUUCUUCAAACAAGUUAUUGAAUGGAGAUGAUGAUGGAUCAAGUCUUUAUAAAUCAAGAUUAUCAUUUUAUGAUAUUCCACCAACUUCAGAAAUCACCCUUGAAGAAUUUGAAAUGUGGGCUAUUGAUAGAUUAAAAAUCUUAAUUGAAAUUGAAUCAUGUCAAGCUAGAUCUAAAUCUUUAAAAGAAAUUGAAGUUGCUAUUAAACCGUUAUUAUUAAAAUACAUGCCACUAAGUCCAACAGGAACCAUUUCACAACAACAAGAAAGAAUUAAAGAUCAUUAUAGUCAUUAUAUUCUUAGAUUGGUAUUUUGUCGUAGUGAGGAAUUACGUAAGAAAUUCAUUAAGAAUGAAACAAUUUUAUUUAAAAUUAGAUAUAAUUUAUUACAACCUAAAGAACAACAAGAAUUUAUUGAAUUAAAUAAUCAUAAAUUGGCUUGGAAUUAUAUUACACCCCAAGAGAAACAACAAUUAUCCGACAAAUUAUAUGCCAGUUGUUCUAUGAUGAUUAAGAAUAAUUUAUUAUUAGAUGGUGAGAAUUUAACUAAUGAACAAUUAAAACAACAUAUCUUAUAUAAAGAAAACUUUAUUAAAUUACCAUUUGAGAAAUGUAUUUCAUUAAUUAGUUCAAGAUCAAUCUUUUUGAAAGGUGGUUAUGGUUAUUUACCAACUAGUUUACAAUUGAAUUUAUUGGCAACUGAAUUUCAAGAAAAAUUGAAUGAUAUUUUAAUUAAAACUUUUCAAACUAUUCCAAGAUUAGAAGAAGAUGAUAGAUUAUUACCAUUAUUAAAUAACUUAUCUAAUAAUUUUGCUAAUAUCCAAUAUGAUAAUUAUGAACAAGAUAAUUCAUUGGCUUCAGAUAUCAAUUAUCAAUCAAUCACUACUAAAGCAAUCACACAGCAUUAUCCAUUAUGUGCUACUCACUUACAACAGGGUUUGAUCAAUGAUAGUCACUUGAAAUAUAAUGGUAGACAACAGUUAGGGUUAUUCCUUAAAGGCAUUGGAUUAAAUGUUGAUGAAGCAAUUAAAUUUUGGUCUUUCCAAUUUACCAAGAAUAAUAACAUUUCAAUGGAGAAAUUUAAUAAAGAAUAUAAAUAUAAUAUUCGUCAUCAAUAUGGGUUAGAAGGGGCCAGGAUUAAUUAUAAACCAUGGGAUUGUAAUACAAUUUUAUCAAAACCUAAACCGGGGAAAGGUGAAUAUCAUGGAUGUCCAUAUCGUGAUUUAUCAUUGGAUUCAUUAGUGAAUACUUUACAAAAUAUGGGAAUCAAUGAUCAACAUGAUUUAAAUGUUGUUAUUGAUGAUGUUAAUAAACGUGAUUAUACAAUUGCUUGUACUAGAGUAUUUGAAUAUACUCAUAGGAAUAAUACGACAAAAGCAAAUAAUGAAAACUUACAUAUUAGUCAUCCUAAUUUAUAUUUUGAUAGAUCAAGACAAUUGGAAAGAGCUGAGAAUAAGGGUAGUACCAUUAGCUCUGAUAGCCAGAAAGAAUCCGAGUCUCAAGGUGUAUAG